AUUAGGCCACAUCGCUCACUACCAUCCUACUUUAAUCAAAGUGCCGAUUCUUGAAACAGACAGCUGUUGUCAUGUGCCUUGAUUCCAAUGGCUAUCCGUCCCUGUAGCUGCCCGAGGUCUUAGUUGGCCAGCUGAAGUUGUAGAGGGAACGAGGGUUAACGGCAUUUGCUAAUUUGAACUGCAGUUAGAGCAGUGCUUCUACUCACAAUACAGCAUAUACCACAAACACACUGAUCCAAGAAAAUGUCAUCACUCGCUCCUAAAGAGAAACACUGUAACAGCCACAACGUCGAUGAGAAGCAGUCGAGGAACUCCAUUCUAACUGAAUGGAUUGGUAUGGGGAGAAGCGGACCACUAAUCACGGCUAAACGGCAGCUUUUGGACUGUGUAACGUUGACAAUGGUUUUACUUUCGCUGCUGUUUCGACCAGCUCACUGCCAGCAGUGUCGAAUCCAGCGCUGCAAUGCAGAGUACGUGGCUUCUACCUCCCCCUCUAGUGGUCUGCAGGAGGACGUGGCUCUGGAUGUAGACUACUGCAUCGCCUUGCGGGCCUAUGCCCUGUGCACCAGGCGGCAGGCACGCAGCUGUAGGGGGGACCUGGUCUACCACUCGGCCGUCUUCCGCAUUAAGGAGUUGUUCUCUCAGCAUAACUGCUCCAGCGAAGGGCCCACGUCCUCCGCCAAGGUCCCCAGUACAUCUCGUCCAGCAGUGUCGGAGCUGUGCGACUACGAGAAUCGGGUCCUCAUGUCGGGCUCUGUUGGUCAGCAGAAGAAAUAUGCCCACUGUGGAUUAUUCGGAGACCCACACCUACGGACUUUCCGCGACGAGUUUCAGACCUGCAAGGUGGAAGGGGCGUGGCCUCUGAUUGAUAACCGCUUCCUGUCCGUUCAGGUGACCAACGUGCCUGUUGUCCUUGGCUCCAGCGCCACGGCCACCAGCAAGAUCACUGUCAUCUUCAAGUCCUUCCAUGGCUGCACAGAUCAGAAGGUGUACCAGGCCACCACAGAGGAUCUGCCGUUGGCCUUCCAGGAUGGGACUCGCAGUGGCGGCGAGAGCGGCAGCCUGACCAUCAUGGAGCGCGGCGGCUCCGGAGUGGGCCGGCAGGUGAAGAUACAGGCCCGUUACAUCGGCACGUCAAUCAUCGUCCGGCGCGUGGGCAGCUACCUGACCUUUGCCAUCCGCAUGCCAGAGGACACCCUGGACUUUUCGGACAAUGGCGGCCUGCAGCUCUGUCUGCAUGGCUGCCCACGCAACGAGCUCAUCAAAGAGCACAUGCUGGGUCGUCAGAGCCAGCAGCCCCGGCUGCAGGGCACCAACACGGAGCUGGGGCCUCUGCGGCCUCCUCACCAGGUCUACACGGUGGAGCGCGCCACGGCCAGGUGUAGAGAGACGCUGCAGGUGGAGGACGUGUACUUUCAGUCCUGUGUGUUUGAUUUGCUCACCACAGGAGACCCCGAGUUCUCCAUGGCGGCCUUCGGCGCUCUAGAGGAUUUAAAGGCGCUGCCGCCCAGUAAACUGAAGCAGAAUUCCCCGAGGACUCCUCGUCUUUACAGCCGAGGAGCGUCCCACAGGACGGCUGCAGCAGCAACCAGCAACUCCCUGCUCUCACUCCUACUCCUCAUUCUGCUGCUCUUGUGAACAUUAAAAAGAAUUUUUUUCUUUUUAAGAGGGAAAGUGAAACAUGGAGACAAACAGAACUGGGAAGCAUUACCAGCUUGAAGAAAGAGUGAAUUAACCGACAUAUAUAUUUGACAUAUGUAUUUGUGUUGUUUUUGUUGGGGCAAUUUGUGAAUGUUUUGAUCUUUUUCUGUUUUUGUCAUUUGAAGGAUUUCAAACUAAAAGAUGGUAUUUCUUCACAUUUCUGUGAAUUCAUACGUGGGUCACAUCAGUUGAAAAAAGACAGAAAUACAUCAUGUGGUUUGGGGUCCAGUACAACGUGUUGUUUCCAUGUGCUCACUGUUGGUUUUUAACAAUCGUUAAAAGCUCAUAAUCGUGUGUGUGUGUGUGUGUGUGUGUGUGCUGAAGUCACGGCAGCUUAACAGCAUUGAGUUUUUUUUGUAAAUAGGAAAGCCAUCAUAGUGCACAACCUUCAGACAGCUGCACAUGUAACUCCUUACUUACAGAACAAUGCAGCUUCUGGAUCCUGCAUAAUCCAGUCAUAUCAAUAGCACUUAACGGUUUUAACAGCAAGUUUUGUGUAUUCAAAUAUUAUUUCUGUGUCUAUUCCACUGUUAUUUCAGAUAAUUGGCAUGCUCCACACACAGUAUCCAACAACUGUAUGUAAAAACUACCUAUCCAUAGUAUAAGAUAUUGUGAUACUCAACAGUUGUCGUCUUCUGUGAAACACUCCCUCUUCAAGCUGUUUGGCUUCCAGUUUUAAAGGUUAAAAACCCCACAAAUCUUUAUAUAAUAAUAUAUUAAAAGAGUGUAUAUAUGUGUUUUAUAUUGUGUACAUUUGCCUGUGUAUAGAUGUGUUAACUGUAAUAUGUUUUACAUUUGUUGUGUUUUUAGUAGGUUAUUUUAAGACAUUGUAAGAAAAGUAAACCAAUAUGAGUUUUAAAUUUUCUGUAUUAAAUUGUUGGACACUCCAGA